AUGAUUAAAUCAGGUAAAUCUAUUAAAUCAUUUUAUCCAAAAUUCGUUCAUAUUACAUGUGUAGCACAUGAAUUACACAGGGUUGCCGAAGAAAUAAGAAAUCAAUUCCCUCAUAUGGAUGAACUUAUUUCUAAUGUCAAAAAAGUUUUUUUAAAAGCUCCAUCUCGUACGAUACUUUUCCGAAAUAUGGCCCCUAAUCUCGCACUUCCACCACAACCUAUAUUAACGCAUUGGGAUACAUGGCUAAACGCAGCUUUCUAUUAUUGUGACAACUUGGAAUUCAUUAAAGAAAUAAUUCUUCAAUUGAACAGUGAAGACUAUUUCAAUUCAAAAAUCGCAAGAUUUAAUAAAAGAUCCUAA